CAGCGCUCUCUCUGAGCGCCAGUCCUCUUUCCUCCCUCCGGCCUCUGAGCCAAGCUCUUCGGAAGGGAGAUCCUUCCAGGCUCGCCUUGGCUUCGGGCAGGAGGCGCCCAAUGAGUCGGUUCACUCCACGUCGGGAGAGAGAGGCACGGCUUUUCCCUGCGCUGGAAAACUUCCAGCCCGAGGCGCUCGGGGAUUGAGCCUGUUUUCCCACCCUGCCUUCCGCGGCUGGAGCUUUGGGGAGGGAGGAGGAGGAGGAGCUACUUUGUUUUCGCCUCCGGACGCUGGAGCUUCCUCCACAAACCCACUCGUUCAGAUUGGAAAGGACCUGGCCGGCGAAAUGUCCUCUACUGUGACAGAUUGUGGAAAUGUAAGGAUCAUCACCCAGGUCAUCCCACAGACGGGUCCGCAGUCGGCAGAGGCUCCUCCUGUCACGAUGCUUGGGUCAACUUCGUCACAGAUCAUAUCACCCGAGAUGAAACAGUUCAAGAAUAUACAGCCAAAAGCACUUGGGGCUGUACUGAUUGUUUUGGGGGCUACACAGAUAAGCUUCGGCAUUGUCCUGACUGUAGUGCAGCAUAAUUCUGAGAGCCUCACUGUGAAGAGUGGGAUCUACUUCUGGAUUGGGAUCUUGUUACUGUUUUCUGGGUCAUUACUUGUGGAAAUGGAGAAAAGAGAACAUGUUUGGCUGGUGAAAGCAGCUAUCAUUGCCAACUUCCUUGUCAUUCUUUCUGCCGUGAUUGCAACAGUCCUCCAUGCUACAGAAAUUGCACAAGAGAAAAAGAUUUCAAAUAUAUGUGAUGCUUAUGGGUAUUGCCAUUCUAAGACGAAUCUGGCAUAUGGGCUGAAUGUGAUCUUUAUCAUCCUUUCAUUCCUUGAAAUAUCCAUAGCAGUCACUGCCGUGGUGACUGGAUUCAGGGCCACAAGACAGGAGGUCUAUCAAUGGAUGAAACUGUAAUUCCUGUCACACCACCUGUAUUUCUUUGCUGAGUGCUAAAUGGCAGGGAACGGCACUCCAUCUUUCCCAACACAGAGCACAGACAUGAAAAUAAGUUAUCCUCUAAAUUCUGAUGGCUUCUUGCAUUGUGUGCUCCCCCUCUUUAGAAAACAAACUGGAUUUGCCUGUGAAAGGGGGAGGAAAUCAACAAGCUCCUUGACAAAAUGCUUCCUAAAAUUGGCAUGUUAUAUUGGAACUCGAAAUCUAUGUGAAAAUUUUUUGUUUUGCUUUUUUAAAAUGUCAGCAAAUGACACAGGAAUACACUUGAGGAUAUUGAGAGUGAGGAUUGUGAGUUUGUUGAGGUAGGUGUUUAAUUAUCAUGCAGCAAAUCACUCGGCAAUAAUACUUUUUGUGAAGCCCUGUUAGAAACGAAAACUUUGUCAAAACCUCAACCGUUUUGCUUUAGAGGGCCCUUCCACAUAGCCAUAUAACCCAGAAUAUCAAGCCAGAAAAUCCCGCAAUAUCUGCUUUGAACUGGAAUAUCUGAGUCCACACUGCCAUAUAUUCCAGUUCAAAGCAAAAAGUGUAGGAUUUUAUUCAGCUGUGUGGAAGGGGUCAGAGGAGAAAGAGAAAUACAUCUUUAUCUACCUUCCAUUCUGUAGCUUGCACCAGUAUUUUAAGGCUGCAGUGAAGUACAUACUUGUUUCGGAAGAAGAGCUACUGAAUUUAAUACAAUUCAUUUCUAAAUAGAUAUGUGCACUAUUUCCCAGGAAGGCUAAACUCUUAUGCAAGAAGUGUUUCUUUUCUUACCUGGCAGAAUGGGAUUGGACUGGAUGGUCCUUGUGGUCUCUUUCAACUCUUUGUUCUUAUGAUUAUAUGAAAUGCCAUUGACUGCAAUGGAGCUUAUUCCUGAACAGCCAUGGAUAGGAUCAGGUGAUGAAGGAAAGAGAACAAAACUCUUUUAUCUUGCCAUAACUGUUGACACCUGACACAGAUACUGUGAUGUGUUCUUAGAAGAUCACAGCUCAUUGCUACUGCUUUGCAUUCAAAGGAUGCUAGGUUCAGUCUCCGGUAUAUAUUGAGAAAAUCUCAUUUGGAAUCCUGUAGGUUGACUUUCCAUAGCUGUAACUGUAGACAUCACUGUCCUAGAAAGACCGUAUCUGAUUUGAUAUAAGGUACCCUAUACAUUCAUGUAUAAAUCCAGAAAUAUUAGUCAAAAAUUAACCCAAUAAACCUGAGUCAGCAUACUGAAGGAUCAGUGUGAGUACUGCACCUUAACUUACAUAUAUAUGAACAAUUCCCGUCUCUGAGUAGUGGCAAAAGACUCAUAAAGUCAUUCACCUCAAUGACUGAGCCAUUUAACAUUUGUAAAAACCUGACAGGUUACUGCUGCUCUAUGGUUUUAUUUCUGGAGGCAGGAGAAACAAAGCAUCAGGACACAAUUUAUACACUUGGCAAAAUUAAGAGGUAAGUCUUUUCCUCUGCGAUUUUCCUAAAUAUAUCUCCUUGACAUGCUAGUUUUGUAUGUACAAGAUCUCUUUCAGCUCAGGGAAAAUGCAGGCAUGCCAUCUGCUCCAUCUCACUGCCUACAUCCUGAAUAACACACACUAGGAAGAAUUUUGUGGCAGUUUUUGUAUCCACCCACCCUCUAGAUGUGUUGGGCUAUAAUUCCCAUAGACCCCAGGAAUCGAUAGCAUUAAAUCAGGGCAGUGAAAGUGGUGUCAAGCUGUAGUAAUUCUAUCUGUGAUGCAUCCCAUGUCUGAUUUCUUUUCUCUAUAAUUUCAUUAUUGUUGCACCAAAUAGAACUGAAAAAAUGAGUUUGUGCAACUGCAUGUGACACCUCAGAUCCCAUCUAUACUGCCAUAUAAUGCAGUCUGAAACAGCAUUAUAUGAUCAGUGUAGACCUUUAUAGUGCAGUUUGACUGUAUUUAAUUGCAUUAUGAAUGCAUUGCUGGCACUGUGUUUAUAUGUAGGUCUUUUGGUCUGGCCCAAGCCAAUUUCCAAAUAUAUUUAAAUAGUAUUUUGGAGCUAGAUGUUUUGAGAGUAUCUAAUAUAUAGCAUUUCCCUCCUCUUUGUCUUCGGCAUUCGUAUUAAAAUACAUUUCUCAGUGUGUAAAGUCCCCUUCCCCCCAAAUAAAUUGGACUUAUUUUUCUCUGUGUGUUUCUCUUUGUGCAUUCUUAUGUAGGAUGGAGACACUUCCAGCAUGGGGGUUGGAGUUUUACAAGACAUGUAUUCUUCUCUGCCGGGGAGUGCUAGUGCCUUACCAAACUAAAACUCCCAUCUUUCUAUAGCAUUGAGCCAAGAAAGUUAAAGUGGCAUCAGAUUGCAUUCAUUUUACAGUGUGGAUGCAGCCAAUGUUCUACCCUGGCUCAACCCUUGAGGAGAGGCAGGUAGCAAAUAUAAAGCUGUAUGUUGUUUUUAAAUGUAUUUUUAUAUUUUAUAUUCCAUGACACAAGGAUUUUAUUUUUUAUAUUCACAUUUUAAUGCAUUUGUUUUGCUUAUUGUAUUAGCUGCUUUGAGUCCCUGUAUUGGAAGAAAGUCGAGAUAAAAAUAAAGCAUGACAAUCAAUACAA